AUGCCUGGCAAUAAUUCUAAAAGUUCAAACAGCUCAGAUGUAUCGACAAAUCAGUCCCGGAACAGAAGAAAAAAGCCUAUAGAAGAAGAAUCUAAUGAGGAAACAUCAAUAAACACUUCCAACGAUGGUAGAAAUUCUUAUGGUACUGUGUCGCAAACCACUACACAUGCUCCAAUCAAAUCUGGAGAACAAACACACGGAAAACGGCCUCUACAACGACGGGAAUCUGUCAUAGAAGAAGAAAACAAUGAAGACCUACAAAUCGAGAUUCCAACUACAGAACCAGAAAAGGAGGGUCCUGUAGCUUGGAGUAGUUUACCGCACAAGAGACAGUUGGCUAUUCUUACUUGCGCGAGGUUAUCCGAGCCCCUUGUGCAGACUAGUUUGAGGAGUUAUCUAUUCUACCAAUUAAAAUCUUUUGAUCCCUCACUACCAGAUUCAGUCAUUGCAUCUCAGGCAGGUAUCAUGGCGGGUUCUUUUGCAUUGGCCCAAUUAACUACUGCUAUGUUAUGGGGACGACUUUCUGAUCGUUCAGGUAGGAAGAGGGUUCUAUUGAUAGGUCUAAGUGGUACUGCAUUCUCGUGUUUAGGUUUUGGUUUUGCACAAAACUUCUGGCAAGCGCUGGCAUUUAGAAUGAUCGGUGGUGCACUCAAUGGAAAUGUGGGCGUCAUGAGAACCAUGAUUAGCGAAAUUGUCAAGGAAAAGAAAUACCAGAGCCGUGCUUUCUUGUUAUUACCAAUGUGCGGGAAUAUUGGAACUAUCAUUGGACCAAUCUUGGGUGGCCUUUUAGCUGAUCCAGCAGGAAGUUAUCCAAGUGUAUUCGGAGGUAUCAAAUGGCUAGAAAAGUAUCCAUAUGCACCUCCGAACUUACUUAGUGCCUUUUUCCUUGCCUCAGCCUGUCUUGCGGUUAUAUUUGCCCUUGAGGAAACACAUGAAAUUUAUGCUCAUAAAGAGGAUUGGGGCAUUAAAACUGGCCGUGCUAUCAAGCAUUUCUUCCGUCGCCUCCGCAAGGGAAGUUCUAGUAAAGCUGAAUACACUGCUAUUUCGAGCACUGGUUCGUCGCCUACUGUCGGUGCCACCCCUAUCACACCUAAAUCGCCUAAGCGCGUUGCACCUCGCUAUAAAAAUCGAUUACCAUUCCGUCAAAUUUUCACAUAUAAUGUGGUAUGCACACUGGUAUCUCACGCUUUACUCGCGUUUUCAAUGGGAACUUUUCAGAGCAUUUGGUAUUCAUUCCUUAGCACACCCGCUUACAAUCCCUCGCACCCUUCCAAAUCUCUUCCCGCAGACUACACCCCACACCCACCCCUCAAAUUCACCGGUGGUAUCGGUCUUCCACCUCGCGAUGUUGGUCUUGCCAUGUCCAUUCUAGGCAUGAUCGGUAUAACCAUGCAACUAUUCUUGUAUCCCAUAGUAAACACACGUCUCGGCACCAUCCGCAGCUGGCGCAUCUUUCUCCACGGAUUCCCAAUCGCCUACACCCUCGCCCCAUUCCUCUCACUCAUCCCCUCCCUCUCUCCCCCACCAUCCCAAAAAACCGGCCCUCUAAUCUGGACCUCUCUAACCCUCGUCCUCCUCAUCCAAACCAUCUCCCGUACAUUCGCCGGUCCAGCAACCACAAUCCUAAUCAACAAUUGCUCGCCCCACCCAUCUGUCCUAGGUACGAUCCACGGUAUAGGUCAAACAGCCAGUAGUGCAGCGAGAACGGUAGGACCUGCUCUUGGGGGCUAUCUUUACGGAGUGGGAUUAAGUAGCGGAUAUGUGGGAUUGGUGUUUUGGGUUUUGGCUGGUAUGGCGGGGGUGACGUGUUUGGCGAGUACGUUUGUGAGGGAGGGGGAUGGGCAUGAGAUUUGGUUGGAGGGGGAUGAGGAGGCGGAGGAGGAGGCGAGGGUUAGGAAUAGGGAGUUGGGGUAUAAUGUUUAA